UAUGUAUGUAUGUAUGUAUUGAAUUUCAGAGUAACUUGAGUCCAUGUUAAAUUCCAGUGGGAUGUUGUAAAACAAAGUUAAUUUGUCGUCGUCAAGUGGCCACAGCAUAAAACAAUCGUCAAUGUAUAUUAUAUACAUAUAUGAAGCAUUGUUCGGUCACACGAUGCGAAUGAAUAAAUAUUUAUUCGUUUUCCGAUAGGAAGAAGCGUCAAUGUCAAUCAUUGCACAUGCACUUAACGACAUAAGACAGGACAUAAUAUCAGCACGUGGGAAGAUAACAGCCGAAGGUCUCAUGGCUGCUUUUGACCUCAAUAAGUCAAUGAUAGAGACUGCAGUGAGUGUUUGCUUUGUCGACGGUGAGGUAACACAAAUAACGAUACAUUCAGUCUCUUUGCAGUCAUGGCAAUAAGUAAUGUAAAAGGCGAUGACAAGGACGUUUUAAAUACAGAAGAAAAAAGCCGAGUAAGUAAGGAAGGACUACCUAUCGACCGAGGAUGGGCUUGGGCUAUACUGGGAGGGUGUUUUCUGAAUGCUAUGUUCAUGGGUGGAUACAACCGAUCUCUGGCGCUAUUCUUCGUGGAAUACCUGGAGAUGUUUGGUGCAUCUACAACGAAGACAACACUCAUCCUUGGGGUAAAAGCUAUGACACACAGCCUAAUGUCACUGGUUACUAUGAACAUUCUGUUGGAGUUUCUGGGGACGAGGAAGACAGUCAUGAUGGGCGGGCUCCUCAGUGUGUCAGCUAUUCUCGCAGCAACCUUUGCACCCAACAUCAUGGUCCUCAUAUGUGUUCAUAGUGUUCUUUCAGGAAUGGGUAAUUCCAUGAUACAUUCUCCCGCCAUAGUGCUGAUUGGGAAGUAUUUCAAGAAACGCCGAGGCCUAGCUACAGCAACUGCAAGUUCAGCGAUGAGUUUAGCAUCCGGUAUAUUCCCAGUAUUUUCUCAAUAUCUGCUUGACGAAUAUGGUAUUCGAGGCACAUUGCUGAUUUACACAGGCCUAAUGAUGAAUAUAUGGGUAGGGGCAUCUUUAUAUCGACCUCUAGACUUUUAUGAAAGAAAAGUGAAACCUGAUGGCCAACAGGACGAUGCAUUUCAGCUUGAAGCGAGCAAGGUCUUCAGCGAAGAAGAUGUCAUUGGGACAGAUCAUGGAGCAAAGCAAACAUAUAUCAAUCACAAUGGAAGUACUAGGAGUUGUAACGUUGUUGUAAAGGACACCGCCAAUAGAUUCCUCGAUCCUCAAAACGCUGAUACGUUUAGGAAGAGGACAUACUCUGAAGGUUCUAAAAGGAUCCCAAAGGAAUUUGUUUCAGAGUCUGAGAAGCUGGUAUAUAUCAGUAACCCAGACCUUGUAAGCAUCCCAAUAGUCAUACCUAAGUUGUGUGAUUCAGCUAAAAAGGAAAUACGUGUAGAUGACCGUAAUCAAAGAAAAUGCGCCAUCAUAAGAAAUUUUGGGAAGGUUUUUAAAGUCUUUGACUUUUCAUUGUUCAAGAAUCCGAUGUUCCUUCUUAUUGUGGCAUGUUGUCAGUUUGGUGUUGUUCUGAGAAACGUUCCAACAUACCUCCCGGCACAGAUGAAGGAAAUGGGAUACAACCAAUCUGAUGCAGCAUUUCUGUUGCUCAUCUCCGGAAUUCUUGACUUCUUUAGUCGACUGUUCUAUGGAUUUAUAGCUGACCUUGGAUAUAUUCGUGUCUGUCAAAUCAUGGCCAUUGGUCUUAUGAUCUCAGGAUUAGCAUCACAGUUUAUAAUGUUUUACACAACAUAUCCUUUACUUAUAGCCUACUGUGUAGUGAUUGGCAUAUUUGGAAGUGCCUUUCCGUGCCUUUUGCCAUUGGUGAUAGUGGAUUUCAUGGGAAUCGACUAUAUGGCAAAGACUAUUGGAUUUACAGCAUUAUUCCAAGGAUUUGCAGUUUCAUUAACACAUCCAAUUUUAGGUGCAUUACGUGAUUUGAGCGGAUCCUACCUUCCCUGUUUCCAGUACCUUGGUGCAGCCGCUGUCUCUGCUGCAGUACUGUUGCUCUGUGAGCCGCUUGUGCGACGUUAUGUAGCAACAACGCGGGAAGGAUCACCAUCAACGGAUAAUGAAUGUAUUGAGCCAUUGAAAUAGGCAAUAACAAUAAAAGUUUUU